CACUCGCCCUAACUAUUGCUUGUCAUUGCAUUCGGCAAUUUGGAAACAACUUUGAAUUUUUCGGUAGAGCAGAAAGUAUACAUUUAAAAGCAACAUGGAAACGCUCCUAGGUAUCAAGGGUCCUGAUUUCGUUAUGCUGGCGGCCGACACCACCCACGCCCGCUCCAUUAUCGUAAUGAAGGAAGAUGAAAACAAAAUCCACAAGGUGUCGGAUAACUUGAUUAUUUCGACCACUGGCGAGUCUGGCGACACGGAACAGUUUACCGAAUUCAUUUCCAAGAAUAUUGCCCUCUACAAGAUGCGCAAUGGAUACGAUCUGAGCCCUCGUGCAGCAGCCCAUUUCACGCGCAAGAAUCUGGCCGAAUACCUUCGCAGUCGCACGCCCUACCAGGUCUUCAUGUUUGUGGCCGGUUACGAUCCAGCCGAUGGACCUGAGCUCGCCUUCAUUGAUUAUUUAGCCAACGCAAAGUCCGUCAACUACGCCGGUCAUGGCUAUGGUGCGAUCUUCGCAUCCAGCAUUUACGACCGCUACUGGCACCCCAACAUCACCCAGGAGGAGGCUUAUGAUGUGUUCAAGAAGUGCAUCGUGGAGAUCCAGAAGCGUCUGGUUGUUAACCUAAAGAACUUUAAUGUCGCCGUGGUGGAUAAGGAUGGUGUGCGAUACCUGGACCCGAUCAGUGCCAAGAGUCUGGCCGAAUAUAAUGCAUCCGCUUAGUUAGGUUCUUGAGCAUUCUAAAUGCACGACAGUUUGUAAUAAAUGGCGCCUGAUUUGGGCAACUUUGGUACGAAA